AUGCUUUAUGCUGCGCUUUCGAAUCACGAGAAAUAUGCUCUUUGUUCGAUUGCCGUUGGACUUAUUGGUGAUAUCUGUCGUGCCCUUCAAGAGGCAUCAUUGCCAUAUUGUGAUACAUUUAUGAACAUGUUAUUGCAAAUGCUUCAA